AUGAAGGUCGUGGAUCAUUCGAAGUAUUUAAUCUUCGAUAUUUAUUACGUUUAUUUUCAGUUAAAAUCAGAAGAUUUAGUCAAAGCCUAUGUGGAACGCAUCAAAGAAGUGGAACCUCAUAUCAACGCCCUGGUGCAAGAUCGUUUCGCCAAUGCUCUUGAAGAUGCCAUCCGUGCUGAUGGACUCAUCGCCAAAGCUACAGAUGAACAAUUACCAACACUCUUUAGCCGCUACACGCUAUUGGGUGUACCAUUUACGGUGAAAGAAUGCUGUGGAGUGAAAGGCAUGCCAAUACGCGUUGGCAGCCGUCAACGCGCGCAUUUGACAAGUGCUGAGCAUGGCGCGGUUGUGAGCACUUUGGUUGCCGCUGGUGGCAUACCAUUAUUGGUUUCCAUUACUGCUGAAUACUGUUUUGGCAUAGAAUCAAAUCCGGCCACGCAAGCACGCUGCUUAAAUCCACAUGAUAGCGGACGCACACCAGGUGGCUCUUCCGGUGGAGAGGGCGCUUUGAAUGGCGCUGGCGCCAGUUUAUUUGGCAUUGGCUCCGACAUCGGCGGAUCUAUACGUAUUCCAGCUUUAUUUAAUGGCGUUUUUGGACACAAACCCACAGGUGGCCUCACUUCUAUUGAGGGACAUUUUCCAGGUAGUAAGGAUGCCGAUUGCCAACAGUAUCUUGCAUUGGGUCCUAUUACACGCUUUGGUCGAGAUUUGGGUUUGCUAAUGCAAGUUAUAGCUGGAAAAAAUGCCGAAAAACUAGAUUUACUGACACCAGUGAAUACAAAGGACAUCAAGUUGAAGGGUGCGGAGAGUUUGGAUGGCAUUGCUGCUACUUGA